GGAGGUGGCACCCCUGACGGUGAUAAACCGACAACAACCGUUUCCGGCCUUCCUGUGCCUCUCCGGGGAUCCGAAAGUAGUGGAAAUCGGUAAAAAAAGAAAAAAAACGCAUAAAAAGGUCUGAAACAACUUUAAUUCAGAUCAAUGAUGGCGGCCACUGACACCAAAGAUGCUCUCUCUCUUCAGAAAGAGGAUGACGAUAAGUAUAAGGAGUAUGAUUUGGGAUCUGACGAUAUUGAUGCUCCUCUGCCUCUUACCGUUGCAUCUCGUGUAUUGUACAUGUUAGGUGAUAUAGCAUCAGGACCGGCUUUUCGGUUCACUCAAUGGUUGGAGUUAGUUAGAAAGAGAAGUGGAAAGUAUAAGUCGUCUGGAUUCCCUCACCGGCCUCAGAGACUCGAUAGCAUGCUCUUGAGUGCAGGGGAUUCAAGCUCGGAUUUAAAAAAUUCUACUCCUUUCGAGCAAGUUGCGGAAAUCAGUUUGUGGGAAAGACUUGGUAAGGCUGCUAUGUUGAAUAUCAGGUCAAGCGCCUUUUCUUGGAACAUGCUUUCUUCACUUCAUCACACUGAACACAGCAGCAGCAAUGAAAAUUCCGAGGAUGAUAUGAAUAAAGCAUUAGAGGUAACGGUGAAUUCGGGGGGAGUUGUAUUCUUUGCGCUAUUUAACCAUAAUGAAAGCGGCGAAUUUGUCCCUAAAGAAGCAGCAGCUGUUAUCAAAAUAGCAUCUUCUAGAAUAGCUACACAGGCGGAACGACUUGGCUAUGAGUUAGCAAAAUGGCUAGGUGUCAGAACUCCACAAGCUAGAGUCAUUCACAAUUGUAGUCCCGAGUGGUUAAAAAUCAAAGAAGCUGCAGAAAAAGCAAAAGAGGCUGCAGUUUCUGAUGGAGAUGAAAUUGGUGAAGUUACUUGCUCAGAACUUCUAGAAGCCCUUGAGCUCAGCCGAUGCCUUUGUCUCAUGAAUUAUGUGCAUGGAUCUCCGCUGUUGGAAAACUCGAGUGCGUUUAAUACGCAAGAAGCUGCAGAAAAGACAUCGGCUGCCCUUGGCAGAAUCUUGAUGUUGGAUCUUGUAAUCAGAAAUGAAGAUCGGCUUCCGUGUCGUUAUCUGAGGUGGCGAGGUAAUUCUGCAAAUUUAUUAUUAGCAGACAAAAUGGCGACUGCAAAUAGGGAUGCAUUAGAAGAAGCUUUUGAUUCUGCUAUUAAUAGAUAUAGACCAAGGGUACUUCGGGCACUACAGAAAGAAAGAAGAUCAACUUCAGUAGAUAGCAGAAUGAGCACUGAUGAUUCAAAUAUAUUAUCAAAAAGCGCUAGUCUUUCUGAUAUCUCUGGUGAAAAACCUCUCAAAAGACAGGUUACAGUUGAUCCAAUAAUAACUGAUUUUGAUAUAGUGGCUAUCGACUCUGGUGUCCCACGCCGACCGCCAGCUGGCAAACGUACACACGAUCAAGAAAACUAUCCGAAACUUGUGGAACUCCUUAUCAACAGUCCCGAGUAUGCAUCAAAUUUAUUACACGAAAUAACUAAUGGGAAAUUAGGAUUUUCUCCAGAAGCAGUUCCGGAAACUUCCGACAGUAAUUCGCCUUUUAUUAAAGAUAUGACCGCAGUCAUCCAUGAAUUCAGAAGCGGGUUUCGUGCCGCCCUGAUGGAUUUACAGGGUUUUCAUAUCUUUUUACUCACACUUCACCAAAAGUUGGAUAGUUUGUUAAGGAGUUUUAUGAGUAUUAUAGAUAAAACAUCGAGUGCAGAUUUUGAUAAAGAUGAUAUGAUACUUGAGUCACCAUCACAUUCGGCUCCUUGUGUUUCCCCACAAGGUCACGAGAUCCAUUCGGAUUCAAACGAUAAGGAGUUGCAGAAAACAGCUCAGAAAGCAUCUUCGGGAAUCAAAGAGAAUUUGGAUUCGAUUUCUCCGAUAUCACACGGAAAGUCUAAUAAGGCAUACUCGGAACCGUUACGUAUCAACUCAAAAAUGCGUGAUUUCCACAAAUUCGCUAAGGUGGAUGCUGAACUAAACAAAGAACUAGAGCAAUGGAACGAAUUAAUAAAGAACGAAGCAGUAAAGCUAUGUCAAGAGAAUAAUUUCAAUUCAGGGUUUUUCGAGAGCAAUGAGAGUAAUUCUGUUGUUGAUGCUUAUGAAUUAAAGCUUAGGCUUGAACAUAUCCUUGAGAGGAUAUCAUUAAUAUCUGAUGCUGGAAAUACAGAGAAACCAACGUUAAUUACAAGUAGCUUAUUCAUCGGUGGGGCGUUAGCUGCAAGAUCUGUUUACACACUGCAACAUAUUGGGAUUACACAUAUAUUGUGCUUGUGCUCUAAUGAAAUAGGACAGGCUGAUUCUCAACGGCCAGACUUAUUUGAGUAUCGGAACUUUUGUAUUGAUGAUGAAGAAGAUUCAAACAUCAGUGAAAUUUUUGAGGAAGCGCAUCAAUUUAUAGAUGCUGUUGAACAAAAAGGUGGCAAGGUUCUCGUUCAUUGCUUUGAAGGUAGAAGCAGGAGUGCGACAGUUGUUCUUGCUUACUUAAUGAUGAGGAAGAACUACACAUUACUGAAAGCAUGGAAUAGCCUAAGAAGAGUUCAUAGGCGAGCGCAACCGAAUGACGGUUUUGCAAGGGUACUUAUGGAAUUAGACGAGAAGUUAUAUGGAAAGGUUUCGAUGAAUUGGCAACAAAAAAAGCCGUCAAUGAAGGUGUGCCCGAUAUGCGGGAAGAACGCAGGCUUAAGCAGCAGCUCGUUAAAGCUUCACUUGCAGAAAGCGCAUAAGAAACUGUCGUCUGGGAGUGUAGACAGUGCCAUGACUAUGGAGAUACAAAAGGUUUUAGAGGCCCUAAAUAUUACCCAGAGGCAAUCUCAUUCCAGUGAUUGAUUUAUCGAAGAUUCGUGAAUUGAAUGUUGUAUAAACCCAUCGUUUGGUAAUCCGGAUAAUGUAAACGGAAAAAAAAUUGAAAAUCCUUUCCCUUUCUGCUGUUUUGUAAAGAACAUUUUUAGCUAAAAUGGAAAUAGCUCACAGGGAGUUCUACAAACAGUUGGGUUAAUACUGAACCAA